AUGAAUACCACAGGCACAGGAGGUCUUUUUGAUGAUCAAACAGAUGCCUCAGAUGGCAAUGGCACAAAAUAUGUGUAUUGUGUGAACAAUUUUGAACAUACCCUCUUUAAUCAAAUGAAUGUGACCUUCAACGGCGUAUUGAUGACGGAGCAAAACAAUGCCUAUCAUCAGAAAGCCUACGUAGAAACAGUGUUGAAUUACAGUCGUGAAGAAGGAAAAACCACCCUGGCUGCUCAAGGAUGGGUCAAUGAACUGAAGGUGCGUGCUUCAUUAACCACUACCAAUGCUGGUACUAAUGAUAAGCCCAAUACCAAUGACUGGGAUGGAAAAACAGGGCUCAAGGCCUUAACCCACCGUUUGCUAGGCAAAGCGUAUCAUACCUUUAUGAUCAAACCUCAUGUGUCCGUGUUCAGAACAGGCAAAUGUCUUGUGCCAGGGGUUCAAAUUGCUCUAGAACUCUAUGUGAACGACAGUAACAUGUUUCUCUUUGGAACGCCAGACAAGACCACCUCCGUAGGCAAAAAGAUUCCCACCCUAGAAGACAACGACAUAUUUGUCACUUUGUGGAUGAAAAAAGUCACUCUCAAUGCCUCCGUGUAUACCAGACUGCAGGAAGAGCGAAGUUUGAGUAAAACCAAGAAAGUGCAAUAUCCUGUCGUGCGCAGUGAAAUCCGAACGUAUUCCUUUGAUGGUAACAGCAUACAGUGCGCGCAAGACAACGUUUUCGUGAACAGGGUUUCGGGGAAGGUCAUUAUAGGAUUAAUGAAUUCCACCAAUUACCAUGGAAGUCUGCAACACUACCCCUUUGCCUAUCAAAAGUUUGGGGUGACCCGGGUCCGACAGACGAUUGACGGCGAAGAGUACAAGUGCAGAUCGUUAGAACUUAAAGGCAAUACCAAAGCAGAAUAUUUGGUAGGGUAUGACCGAUUCCUUACUGCCUCUGGGGCCUACAAACAUCAUAAAAUACCUAUGAUGCGGCCAGGGGAUUGGGGACAAGGCGAAAAUUGCAUCCUGUUCAUGUUCAACAAUGUCCCAGGCGAUGCCAAUGACCCUGAGUACAGAAAUCUCAGACUCACAGGCAAUGUCCGCUAUGAAAUUGACUUCCGGGCAGCAGUCGGUCACAACAUUACCGUGGUGAUCUGGAACGAGUUUGAAAAUAUCUAUGAAAUAGAGCAGUGGGGUGGAAUUCUUUACUCUGUCAACAGCUGCUGA